AUGAUGUUCCCCCUGCUCACUGCAUUCCUCCUCGUCGGCCUGGCCCAAGCCGGUUGGCUGGGUAACGGACAGGCCGAGUGGUCUGCUCGCUGUGCCCUGGGAUCCGAGAUGGAGGGUGAAUUCGUCUGCUUCACCAGUCCUACGGACAUCACCCAGAAAGCCGCCUCUGGCACGUGGUCCGGAUACGCCGCUUCGGACGGCCUGGCGUUUGCGCUCGUCGAGAGCAGCAGCUCGGGCGAGCUCAUGUCGAUGACCGACCAUACCAUCAACAUCCAGUGGCUCGGUGGAAGUAGCGCCCACGUGAUCGUCCAGGACUACGUCAACAAUGGCUGGGUCACCGGCGCCGAGGGCGACACAGAUAACCCGGACCAGAAGACCAUCUUCCAGCUCUCUGGCGGCGGAAACAAGCGCUCUUCGGCCGUAAGACAUGCUGCCGGUCGUCGUGCUGGCGGUCAUGCUGGCGGUCACGAGGGUGAGGGUAGUCACCCGGGCAGCAAGCCUCCCGCUGGCAGGGGCACCGGCCACGGAAAGCACCCCCCUGAGCAGGUCUGA